AUGCCUGGGAUCGAUCCUUCUGUAUCCUGUCACUCUUUGAAUGUUAAUCCCAAUGCAAGACCUGUAAAGCAGAAGCAGCGACGGUUUGCUCCCGAGUGCAAUUGGAUCAUAGCCGAGGAGAUUGACAGGCUGUUUGAUGCGGGAUUUAUAAGAGAAGUAGGCAUAGAGGCAAGCCCUGCCCAAGCAGGAGCUCUGACUAAAAAUGCUGAGCCGACGACAGUCAAAGAAGUUCAAACACUUAUGGGACAGAUCGCUGCAUUGAGCCGGUUCAUUUCCAAAUUGUCAAAUCACUGUAAACCAUUUUUUGACACAAUACGAAGCCACGGCAGACAAGUUUGGGGGAAUGAACAACGCCUAGCAUUAACUGCUCUAAAAGAAUAUAUGGAGAACCUUCCGAUCCUGUUAGCUCCAGAACCAGGCGAAAAGCUAUUUUUAUAUCUCGGGGUAUCCACCAUGGCUACAAGUGGCGUUUUGAUCAGUUGUGCAGAGGGGAAACAAUAUCCAGUGUUCUAUGUUAGCAAAACAAUGACUGAGGCCGAACGACGUUAUUUAAAGGCGGAGCGGGUGAUACUCUCGCUAGUGCAUGCGAAAAGAAAGCUCAGAAUAAUCCUGCACAAACUAGACCUCUCAGGAAGGAUGACGAAGUGGCCCAUAGAGUUAUUUGAUAUAACAUAUGAACCCAGAACGGCAGUCAAAGGGCAAGUAGUGGCAGAUUUUUUACUAGAAUGUGAUUCAGAAGACAUGGAGGAAGACCUUUGUGAUUGCUUGUGGAAACUCUUUGUCGAUGGAUCCUCAAAUCAGAUGGGGGCAGGCACUGGGAGCAAACUGCAGACACCAGAAGGUACGUCCUUAAGUCAAGCGCUCCGGCUUGAAUUCAGAGCCACCAACAAUGAAGCGGAGUAUGAAGCACUGUUGGCAGGACUUAAGUUUGCCAAGGAGCUGAAGGUGAAUGGCGAGUAUGAAACCAAAGAUGAAACGAUGGAAGCAUAUCAUUCUGCUGUUAUGUGGGAAGCCAAAAACUUUGAAAAAAUUGAAUUCAUCCAAAUACCGAGAGAACAUAACGAGGAUGCCGAUCGGCUAGCAUGUAGUGCCUCGUGUUCUGGAGAAACAUUGGCAAAGGUGAUUCCAGUAGGAAUAUUAAACCAGCAAUUCAUUUUUGACGAACCUUCAGGCUCAGAUCCUUGGCAAUUAUAUAGAAGAUCUUUUUCUGGGCCGUACUUAAAGUACGUCACCCCCACAGAGGCACGGCAGAUACUGCGAGCUAUUCAUGAAGGUGUAUGUGGAAACCAAGGUCUUUAG